AUGAAUUUAGAAAAAGCCUUUUAUUGGUGUCAAAAAGCAGCAGAAAAUGGUCAUAUUAAAGCAAUGUUUGGUUUAGCCACAUUUUAUGAAAAUGGAGAAGGAACAGAAAAAAAUUUAGAAAAAGCUAUUCAUUGGUACCAAAAAGCAGCAGAAAAUGGUAUUAAAGAAGCAAUGUUUAAUUUAGCCAUACAUUAUGAAAAAGAAAAAGGAAUAGAGAGUAAUUUAGAAAAAGCAUUUUAUUGGUAUCAAAAAGCAGCAGAAAAUGGUGUUAAAGAAGCAAUGUUCAGUUUAAUCACAUGUUAUAAAGAUGAAGAAGGAACAGAAAUGAAUUUAGAAAAAGCCUUUUAUUGGUGUCAAAAAGCAGCAGAAAAUGGUCAUAUUAAAGCUAUGUAUAAUUUGGUCAUAUAUUAUGAAAAUGGAGAAGGAACAGAAAAGAAUUUAGAAAAAGCCUUUUAUUGGUGUCAAAAAGCAGCAGAAAAUGGUAUUAAAGAAGCAAUGUUUAAUUUAGCCACAUUUUAUGAAAAUGGAGAAGGAACAGAAAAAAAUUUAGAAAAAGCCAUUCAUUGGUACCAAAAAGCAGCAGAAAAUGAUGUUAAAGAAGCAAUGUUUAAUUUAGCCAUAAUUUAUGAAAAUGGAGAAGGAACAGAAAAGAAUUUAGAAAAAGCUUUUCAUUGGUGCCAAAAAUCAGCAGAAAAUGGGGUUAAAGAAGCAAUGUUCAGUUUAGCCGAAUGUUAUGAAAAUGGGGAAGGAACAGAAAAAAAUUUAGAAAAAGCCUUCCAUUGGUACCAUAAAGCAGCAGAAAAUGGUCAUAUUAAAGCAAUGACUAAUUUAGCCAUAUGUUAUGAAAAAGAAAAAGGAACAGAAAGCAAUUUGGAAAAAGUAUUUUAUUGUCAUCAAAAAGUGUCAGAAAGUAACAAAGUGAAUCCUAAAAAUGAAUCUGAAUUAUGUAAUGAAUGCAAACAGCCAUAUACUGUUUACUGGUGGUGUCAAAAAUGUAAUUCUAAACGAUUUCAACAAGAUUUUUCAAAUUGGACUAGUAAAAAUGAAUUUAUUGAUAAAUUUAUUCAAAGAGCACAACUAAAUGCUAAAAAUAGUUAUGAAAUUUUAGAAUGGAUACCUUAUAAUAAAUUGACAAAUAUUAAUUAUUAUGAUAAAGGAGGAUUCAGUGAUAUUCAUAAAGCUAUCUGGUCAGAUGGACCUAUUUAUGGUUGGAAUUUUGAUAAAGAACAAUGGAAUAGACAAACAGAUUAUGAAGUCAUUCUUAAAACACUUAAUAAUUCAUCAAGUUUAAAUAGCAAAUUUCUGGAUGAGUGGAAAUAUCAUUAUAAUUGCCAGAAAAAAUCAUUUUCAAAAUUUAUUCAAUUCUUUGGAAUUACCCAAGAUCCAAAAAAUUUGAAUUAUAUAAUAAUAAUGAGUUAUGCAAAAAAAGGAAAUUUGAGAAAAUGUUUAUCUGAUAUAAUUAAAUUUAGGUGGCAAGAAAAGUUACAAUUAUUGGAAAAAAUUGUAUUAGGACUAAAAGUAAUCCAUGAAUCAAAUUUAAUUCAUGGUGAUUUUCAUGAUGGUAAUAUUUUAAUGUCGGAUGACUAUGAAUUAUUUAUUAUUGAUUUAGGAUUAUGUAAACCUAUAAGUGAUUUACAAGAUUCUGACAAUAAAUUUAAUGAAGUCUAUGGAGUUUUGCCUUAUAUGGCGCCUGAAAUAUUAAGAAAAAAACCCUAUACUUCAGCAAGUGAUAUUUAUAGCUUUUCAAUGAUAAUGUGGGAAUUUACAUCAGGUAUUCCUCCAUUUUAUCGUAAAGCACAUGAUCAUCACCUUACCUUGAGUAUUUGUGAAGGAGAACGUCCUGAAAUUAUAAAAAAUACUCCAAGAUGCUAUAUUAAUUUAAUGAAAAAAUGUUGGAAUUCAGAUCCUUUCAAAAGACCAACCACAAUAAUGCUUGAACAUAUUAUAUCUAAAUGGAUUAGAAGUAUUAAUAAAUUUUAUGAGGUAAACAGGGAUGAAAAUUAUGAAUUUAGAGUAUCUAAUAUUGAUAAACAAUUAAGAAAUGACAUGUUGGAAUUUGUAGAAGCAAACAAAGCUUUAGUACAAGGACAAGAAUGUACUUCUAUUACACAACAUCAUUCACAAGCAUAUUAUACAAGUCGCAGGCUUACUGAAAUUUUAGUUCAAGAAGAUUCUGAAUGUUUAGAAUGUAUAAUUAAAAAUUAA